CAGCCGGCCCGAGCGAUGUCAGCAUGGCAGCCUCCAGUGCUCGCUGUAUCGCACGCUGGCUGUCAAGCGGUUUACCUGGACUUCGCAGCACCUGUGCGCUUUUACAGUCCUUUAGACACGCAGAUAUUGCGGCUCUGAGGAUAUGUUGGAUUCGCAGUUAUGUGAAGGGGGGUAAUUUAGGCUGCUGGAGGCACAGAAGAGGUGUGACAUUGAACAGGGUACCAGAUUUGCUAAACAUGUCCUCUGAGUACCAAAGGAAGUGGAGACGACGAAGGGCAAGGGUUGAUGCCUUAGUGGAACAUGAUAGCAGCUCUAAAUCAGAGGGGUCAGUGGAGCCAGUCAUGGAGGGUGAGGGCAAUCCCCUCACAGUGGGAUCAACACAUGAUGAAUUUCAUCCUGUGGGCGGCUGUAGUUCUUCCAUUGGCACAGCAGCGGGCUACAUUAGCGGUGAUACUGAAGAAGAAAACAAUUAUGAAACCGAUUCUUCUGAAACAGAGUCUGAGCGGUUGGAUGAGACUUCACAGCCAACUGCUGAAACACCAUCUCUCCACAAGGACUUGGCUAGUUGGGCUACUGCUACAAACCAGACCCACAAAACACUAAAUGAGCUUCUUCAUGUGCUCAGACGUCAUGGCUAUACAAUUCCCAAAGAUGCUAGAAGCCUUCUUGGUACUCCAGGAGUCCCAGUUCAAAAUAAAUGCAAUGGACAGUAUAUUUACUAUGGUAUUGAGCGUUACCUUAUUGAACAUUUCUCAAAAGAAACACUGCCAGGGCAAGCUGAACUGUGCUUUAAUGUAGACGGCGUGCCAUUGUUUAAAUCUAGAAAAAUGUGCUUCUGGCCCAUUCUUGGUCAAAUUAAGAACUGUCAGCCAUUUAUUGUAGCACUGUAUUAUGGGUCCAGCAAGCCUGACUCUGUUGAGGAGUUCUUACGAGAUUUCUUGGAGGAGUUGCAGCAACUCAUUCAAAAUGGCGUUUCAUUCCAUAAUUUGGUUCACACAGUUACAGUGAAGGCCAUCAUCUGUGAUGCACAAGCCAGGUCAUUUCUCAAAUGUAUUAAAAGUCACAGUAGUCUGCAUGGAUGUGAGCGAUGUGUUGCAGUAGCACAAACGAUCGAGGGGAGGGUAGUUUACUUGACAAAGGGUCCUGCUGAAGAAAGAAGAGAUGAGAUAUUUAACCGUGCUGGAUACUCUGACCAUCAAAAAAAAAUAUCUCCUCUUGCUAGAGCUGGUAUUUUGUGUUAAACAGUUCCCCCUUGACUACAUGCACCUGGUAUGUUAUGGAGCCAUGAAAAGGCUGCUGACCUACUUGUGGCGUGGGCCAGAUAUCUGCCGACUGAGUAAGGCUCAGAGACAGCAAGUAGAAAAGAACAUAAGUCAGUUGAAGGGAGCUUUGCCUGCAGAGUUUUCAAGGCAGCCAAGAAGUAUGAAAGAAUUAAACAGGUGGACAGCUACUGAGCUUCGUCAGUUCAUGCUCUACACAGGACCAUUAAUCUUAAAGGAUGUGCUUCCUGAUGACCAGUACCAUCACUUUCUUUGUCUGAGUGUCGGUAUGAGCAUUCUUUUGGAUGAAGCGGAUGGAAAGAGAGAGUCUUAUCUAGGAUUUGCACAGAACAUUCUGGAGCACUUUGUGGAUAACUCUGUGGAUUUUUAUGGGCCCACCUUUCCAACAUACAACAUUCAUUCUAUCAAACACUUGUCAGAUGAUGCUGCAAACUUCCGCAGCUCUUUAAACCAUAUAUCAUGUUUUCCAUUUGAGAAGCACUUACAGGCCAUCAAAAAAAUGGCGAGAAGUGGCAAACAACCACUGAUGCAAGUCACAAAAAGACUUGCUGAAAGACAAUGUACUGAAACACAUGCCAGUCAAUCCCAAAUGACAACCAAGAUAACAGCAAAGAUGCCCGACAACUGUGUGUUCCUGAUGGACAAUGCGGUGGGAUUUAUUAGAGAGGAAAGGAAUAAUGGAACACUAAGCAUAGAUGUCUUCAGGGAAACUGACUGUGACAGUGUCUUUGAAAAGCCAUGCAACUCAAAGCUCUUCAACAUCAUGUUUGUUGGCAGUGACUUGACAGUGGCAAAGCGAAUGCUGACAAACAGAGGAAGUGUCUACAGAAAAGCUGUGUGUCUCCCGUACAAACAGGGUUACGCUAUAUUCCCUCAGCUGCACAAACCAGAAUGACUAGGUUUGGUAAUAAUUAUUAUUAAUAAUUAAAUUGUUUAUAAUAAUUUUCCCACUGGUGCUUCAGUUUGAAAAGGAGUGGGAUUGGAAAGGCACAUAACACAUAUUGAACAACAACAUUAAAUCCGCCUGGGGUUUUUAAUCUUGUGGUUGACAGUGGUCAGCAUGCUAUGACAUGGGUAUAAUUCAUACAAACACAAAAAUUCAUAUAACAAUUAUUAUACUUUUGCGUAUAUACAAUUACUAGCAUGCACGAUGCAAAAUAAUGUCAAAUUGCUUUCCCGCUUUUGGAAUAAAUGGACAGAAUGUAGUGUGCUGAAAGUUAAACUCUGUCCUCUUGUUUUAUUUUUUAGGUAAUGGACAAUCGGGGAAAGGCAAAAAGGACUAGAAAGAGUAAAGUCUACCAUGUCUUUGUAAAUGGUACAUUAUUAUGUCGUGUUUAAAAGCAGUUUAUUUCAUGUUUACACGAGAGAUGAGUGGUUGUGAAAGUGUAUGUUUUAUCAUUGCAUGCAAUUGCCACAUGUGACAAUCGACAACCGGGAACUAAAGUGUCACAUUGUCACUACUGCAAUGGAACAGGCAUGGUGAGGAUGCCAUAGCAAUGGUAUUAGCAACCAUACUUAUUGUCUUUACAUUUUUUUUUUUUUUUGCAUAAUUUACACUUUUAUGUAGGAGUGUAUAAACACCAGUCGGUUUAUGAUGCGCUCCAUGUGUAGGCGGUGUGGUGGAAGAGGUAAAUUGCUACUUGGAAACUGACAAACAGGCAGAGAAUGCUGCUCUUAAGUUAUGCAGAGGAUGAGAUGGAUGUGGAAGGAACUGUUAUUGGAGUAACCAGACCAGCCAAAGGCAGAAAAUCUUGUAUUUCUAUUCUACUUUAAGCCCAAAGACAAGAAGUAUGAAAGGAGUACAAGAAAGAAGCGCACACCCAGCAGAGGACAUCUCCAGUAACUCCACACCAUCUCCAGUCUGCUCAGAUUUAUUGCUGAGGCACAUCAGAAUCAAACUAAUUGCGAUCCUGUAAAAUUAUGGAUUUCAGAAUCUCCACCAAUUCUCAGCCUGAGGAUGACAUCUUAACCUUUCUGUGAUGUUUGGUGUAUGCUGAUGUUUUAAUGGGGAAUGUCUGAAUAAAUGAUCACAAGAAACCUGUUUUGUUAUACUCUGUUACUUUUGUAUAAUUUUGUAACAUUUCUGUUUGUUAGCAUUAAAACUAUGAAAGGCUAUGUUUUAAUGUUAACAUAGUUUAGAAUAAUAAGCAUUGCUAGUAACCUUUCAGCUGUGACUACAUGAUAAAUAAAAUGUUUAUCUGUA